AAAAAAAAAAAAAAAAAAAAAGGUUUUUAUAGAUUAUACUAGUCCAUAUACUUUGUAGUCUAUAACUUGCUAUGUCUACCAGAAUUUGUUAGUCGACAUCCUUACUGACUAUCAUGACCAAUUCUUCUGAUUCCAAGGAUUGUUGAUCUUAGUGUUCUUCACACCAUAUUAUGUUCUUUAUAUUUCUGUGUUUGUUAAGUUUCAAGAAAUCUCAAAAUCUUCCAUUUUUUCAUUAAAACAAACAAUUUUUUCAUGGGUGAGGUAACAAUUAUGUUUCUUAAAUAUAUGUUUAAGUUUGGGUUUCUUUAUUUAUUCUGAAUUGGGAAACUUCUGCUUUCUGGUUACCAAAAUUUCUGUUAAUUAUUGUCAUAGUGUUGCCAUUUUUAGAAAGUUUUUUAAAAUGGGUCAUUGACAUAUUUGAAACUUUCAAACUUAGCUCCUUGUUUUUAGCUGUUUCAGUUGGGUUCAUUAUGUUGUAUGUUUCUCCGGAAUUCGGUUGUUUCUGUUGCUCCCCUAUAGACCUAUUUUAAAGAGACAUUUUUCUCAUAAAUUUAUUGCAACUGAUUUUAAAGAGGUUAAAUUGAAUAAAGAAUCCAACUUUAAUAGUCACAAAAUUCGGUUUUUAUCUGGGUAUUGUUCAGUUGUGUAAAUGGCAUUUCCCAGGUUGCAGUUAUGGGGUUUAUCCUUAUGGGGUGGAAAAAAGGAGAAUAAAAAUAUACCUAAUUUAACCUCGUCAAACUCUCAAUUUGAUUCUGGUUUUGGGGUGAGGGAAAUUGAGAGUAUCAAAUUCCCAUUGAAGGGUACAAAAAUGGUUUCUUCUUCUUCAUCUUCUUCAAGGAAAAUUAAGAAGAAAUGGAAUAGUAGAGAAGAGAGAAAGAUUGAUGGAGAAUAUGAUGGUGUUUUAGUACCAAGAGAUGGGGGUUGUUCUUCAGAAUCUGAAUCUGAGGAUUCUGAUUGGUCUAUUGGGUGGUUGGAGCCUCAUGGGCCUGAUUUCUUGAGUGAUGAUGAAACUGAUGAUAGCUUUGCAGUCUUGGUUCCUUGUUAUAGGAAUGAUAGAAAGGGGACAAUUCAGGGUCCUAAUACCCAGCUUCUCAAUACCAUCAAGAAUCUCACUAGUGAGCCAUUCACCGAAGGGAAGAACCGGAUGGAUCAGUGGCUAUCUUCUCUGCAAAGCUUCCGAUAAAUUGCUGUAAUUACCAAUGUUCAAUAAUGCAGAAGCUGGUUCUUUGUGUGACAUGUUCAGAAAUUGAAGCUAAUCAGCUAUUGUGCAUCAUAUCUAUGUUAGUAUUGAUGGAUUUGGAGAUAACAUAAAAAUCUCAUUAAGUGUCCAGAAAGCAAAGAGAACAAGAGAUUAAGGCGAUUCAAAAUCUGGUGACAAUCAAGAAUAAAGAUAUAUGUGACAGUAAGGCACGGGAUUUACUCGUGCCAGCAACCGUUUUGGACAUUAAGGAUCUACCUGAUGCCGCUACUGCAAGUAUAAGUGUGUUCUUAACCAUCUUUACUUGACACGGCCGUAUGGAUUUACCCAACCAUUUCCUUGAACUUCUGAGCCUUUGUAAAUACCAGAACAAUGUAAAUAUUUUUGCUAUAUGAUUAUGCUUUUGACUUGAUUUCAAAUAAAUUUCUGGAAGAACUUUGCUUUCUAGGCUCAUAUGCGAUACUUCUUCCCUCCCUUUGAGAUUGCUAUUGAAGGAAAAUGUCGCUCUCAGUAGCAAUUUCAAAUGGAAAGAAGAAUACUAAUUUCUAACUAACAUGCAUACCAUGAAUUUGCUUAGUACUGUAGAUUCAUCAUCUAGUCUGGCAUAUCCUGAUGUAUGCUGUAUGUAAUCAAUAGUUUGGAUAAAUUUUGUUACAGUACACUUAUUUCUGGUGUUCUAUGGUGUAUCAUGUAAAUUUUGAUCAAUACACCAAGAAUAAUCUUAUAGCCG